AUGGGCAGAAUCAUCAUUACCGGCGGCUCAGGGAAAGUUGGCCAGUACGCGAUCCCCGUUCUCCUAUCCCACGGCCAUACCAUCCUAAAUCUCGACAUCGCCCCUCUCCCUCCCCAUCUCUCGCAAAAGGUCCACACCCUUCAUGUCGACCCUACAGACAGCGGCCAAGUGCACAGCGCCCUAACCUCUCCUUUCCACUCCCCCCUGAACCAAAUCCCUGACGCGGUCAUCCACCUCGCCGGCAUCCCGCGCAACAUGAUCGUGCCCGAUGUGGAGACUUUCCGGGUGAACACGCAAGCGGGCUAUAAUGUCAUUGAAGCCGCGUGCCGCCUGGGCGUGAAGAAAAUCAUCAUUGCGAGUACCAUGUGCCAUCUCGCAGUAGUGCGGGAUGGACUGGGGUAUCAGGUCUUCAACGCGACAAAUGACGAGAUUACGGUUGAUACUGAGAUGACGGAAGCGUUUCUAAAGAAGAACGCACCUGGGGUGGUAUUUACCAGAGAGAUGGAGGGAAGAGAGGCGCCGCUGACGAACCGGAAGAUGAAGGAGAUGCUGGGGUUUCGACAAGAGCAUCCAUGGCAGAAAUACUUUGCUUACGCCUAG